AUGCCGAAUACAAAAAGCUACCGUUAUGAGAAUCUUGUCGAGCUUGUCAAGGAUGUCAACAGGUUCCAGAUUAAAGGCACAGAAUGGAAGUUUUGUCUCAAAGAUCCCACGAACCCGACCUCUCCUUGGAAGGCAUUCGGAAUUGUUCUUGAAGAGAAUGUCAAGUGGCUGAAAAAGGCAAACAGUAAAUGGCUCGACUUCGACUGGUUGUCAAAACAGAUCCGGUUGAUCAACCCACCCAUCGACCCAAAAACGGGAAUAAUUCAGCUUAAUUAUGCCUGGAAGGAAAUAGUAGACAAGCUUGACGAGAUUCCAGGCGACAACUUACCUCAGUGGGUGAAGAAGGACACAAAAUGGCUGUAUAACGAUCAGGAAUCAUGGCCUCUGAUCGAGGAACAUGAAAAUUUCAGAAAGCUUUUCAGUGAAGGGAUUUGGUGCGACCUUGUCCCGAUAUUCGGCAUCCUUACGACCGGCGCACAUCUCAACGUCUACAAGAUCACCAAAGAAAAGGGCUUUCAGGUGUGGGUGUCUCAGCGCCCUGACACGCAACCAAACUUCCCCGGACUACUCGAUCAAGCUGCAGCCGGUGGUUUUACACCGAGCCACAAAACGAUCCUUGAGUGCAUCGAGAGGGAGAAGAAACAAGAAUCAAAGGGAUAUCCACGUAACUGGCGUGAGUUAAUGCGCCAGAGCCCAGACAUACCCACCAUUCAAUUCUUCGACGUGCGCGAUGAGAGAUGGGAAAAAGGCUACGCUGGCCUGCCUCAGCCUGGCAUCAGAAAAGCAUACGAUCUAAGGGUUAACGACGAGGAAAUUAACGGGAAGGAAGGCCAAACUAUCAAAUUGAUGAGUAUCGACGAAAUCAGAGAAAGCUUGCUGCAUGGGCGAUGGAAACCGAGUUCCGCGCUAGUUAUGAUCGACUUCAUGAUCCGCCAUGGGCUCAUCGAAAAUGAGAUCGAAAAGGCGGAAAUUCCGAGGCUAUUAAAGCUCGACCUUGAAAGGCGAUUCGGCUUCGACAUCGCCGUCACUGAGCUUUCUGAUUAUGUGCAAUUUCCUCUACAUGGCAACAAGUAG